AUGUUCACCCACACUUUGAUUUUAGUAUUGUUAUCAGCCCAGCUAACUGCUACAACAAAUAAUACGUCAGACCAAAGUGAUAUUGUCAGAUAUGGACAAGAAUCUUCUACUAAUGGCUUUCAACAUGGAUCUAAAGUAACUGUCGCUGAUAUUAUAAACUUCACUUCUAUUUUAAAUGUGACUAGUAAUAGUCCUGAUAAGAAUAUGCAUGAGGUAAAACACUCAAAUGAGGAUUCGUUAAAAAACACCCUGAAACAGAUCGAUUAUAUCCAAAAUGUGUAUAUUCUUCCACCAGUUUGUUCUGUUGGUUUGGUUGGAAAUUCCUUAGUUGCAUUAGUUUUAUUUGAACAAAGCCGUACUAACUCUUCGUUUGUAUAUAUGUUGGCACUGAUUGUCUCAGACAUAAUCAGCUUAAUUUCAGAUAUGUUGGCUUCACUGUCUUUGAUUCUUCAACAGUUUGUUUCUGAAGCAUCAGAGAAAAUACUUAUCCAAGUCCGAUAUUGGAAUCUGAUAUUUGUAUCAUACAUUUUUCGAUGUACUGCUAUUAAUAUUUUAUGUGUACUAUCUGUUGAAAGAUUCAUAGCUAUUAAAUACCCAUUUCACCUCAAGUCAUCUAUUACAGUGAAGUAUCCAAUGAUUUUCCUGUUUAUUUCUUUAUUUCUGGCAGUUUUAACUAAUAUACCAAAAGUAAUAAACAUCAAAUUUGCAGAGAUUAAGGUAGAAGGAACAAAUGAUACUGCCUUUAAACCUAUUUGGACGCAAUUUUAUAUGCAAAAUGAGGAGCAGGCAGGUACAAUUAUUCUUAUCUCGAAAAUCUUAACUGGACCAGUCCCAAUAGUCUUGUUUUGCGUAAUGAAUGGACUCAUUCUCCAUGGAAUAUACCUUAACAAGAGAAUGCUUUCUGCCCUAGGUGCUAGUAAUGUAAGUCGAAACCGAAGCAUUAAAAAUGUUCAAAUCAAGUUGUGCAAGAUCUUUCUUGUGCUUUGUCUGACAAACAUACUUGCAUUUCUACCAAAUUCUCUCAUUAUAUUUAUUGGAAGGCUUUUCCCUGAUUCCGGACUAAACAAUGUGUCAUCAGAAACUUCAAGAUUUUUCAUGCAUGCUGGAAAUAUUCUCCGUGUCCUGAACAGUGCUAGCGAUUUUAUUGUCCUUAUUGCUAUGUCUUCUGACAUCAAUGAUGCUGUGAAGAAGAAGUUUAUAUGUAUCAGUACGCAAUUUCGUAAUACGGAAGACACCGCUUCUACGUUAAAAUUCCAAUCAUCUAGAGUUGAAUGA